UCCAGUCAGAACUGCUGCUGCUGCUGCUGCUGGGGUCCUCUCUCUCCUCCUCCUCCCAUCCCUUGCCUCUGAUGGGGGUGCGCAGCGGUGAAGUCACAGUGAUGUCAUUGUAGGAUGUGGGAGUCGGGGGCAAGGUGAGAUGGUUUUGCAGUGAGUGGUGUCCCCCCUCCUCCACAGCCAGCGUUUGCCUGUAGAGAGGCGCGGAGCGGCGAAAGAUGAUCAUCGUCACCGGCACCAAUUCAAGCUCCGACGCGCUCAGUCCCUCUCCUCCUGCUCACAUCCCGGGCUAUGGGGCCUCGGUCUGCCUCCAUCCCACAACAAGCCUUCACCACCGCCACCACCAUGCCAAAGGACAGGAAAUAAGAAGAGUUGCGUUUCUAGGGCAGGUAACUUUGACCACGUGCCCCGAAGGUGAACCGGAUGGCCAUUGCGCAAAGGUGCCUCUCCAGCAUGUCCAGCGGGGCCAGGGCGCACUGGACGCUGCCGGCGCUUCUUGUACUGUGGACUUCUCUCUGCGGGAUCGCCUCGUCUUACCCGAUUCCCAGCAGGACUAACGCCACUUUGCUGGAGAAGAAGUGGGAGACGCUCUUCUCCCGCUCCUACCUGGGUAUAACCGGGGGGAAAUCGGAGCUGAACUGGGAGAGUGACUAUUUGCAGGGCAUCAAGAGAGUGCGGCGGCUCUACUGCAACGUGGGCAUUGGGUUUCACCUGCAGGUGCUCCCGGACGGCAGGAUAAGCGGUGCGCACAGUGAGAACCAAUACAGUCUGAUAGAAAUCUCCACCGUGGACCGAGGAGUCAUCAGCAUGUUCGGAGUGAAGAGUCAGCUGUUUGUCGCAAUGAACAGCAGAGGAAGGUUAUACGGAACGAGAGUCUUCGUGGACGAGUGCAAGUUCAAGGAGACUCUGCUGCCCAACAACUACAACGCCUACGAGUCUUUUGUUUACAAGGGCUUCUACGUGGCCCUCAGCAAGCAUGGCCGCGUAAAGAGGGGCAACAAGGCCACCACCGCCAUGACCGUCACACACUUCCUCCCGCGGCUAUGAGAGAAACUGGCAAUAACUCUGUAAUUUGCACAUGUGGAUGUUCUUCCAGGUAAAACAGAAAUGCAUAGUCACGAUAUACACACCAAUGGACUGCGUAAGAAAACACAAAUAUUUAUUCUGUUUAUAUAUAUGUAUAUUUGGAUAGCUAUCUUUGUAUAUGUAUGCCAUACUGUGCUGCUUAUUGUUUUUACGGCCGGGGGCGAGUCAAAGCCGCGGCCUGUCUCACUUUACCUUGGUGCUUGCUGUAACUGAACUAUGUGUCACUUCCUUUUUUGAGAUGGAGGAUGAGCGAUAUCCUGAGCUUUUAAAGAGUGAAAUGAAUACGUUUUAUUACCUCAAAGAACCACGUCACUAUACAUUUAAGGGAUGCAUGGACUUCCGCCCGAAUAUCUGCUACGUUUCAUCGUUUCGAUCGAACCUCCGAGUGCUCGACGGCUCGACGUCAGCGGGGGAAAACUUAAAUGCACUACCUUUGCUGCACGAUUUUAAAGGUGCCUUGGUGUUCCCACUUGUGGCCCCCUUCAGCUUGCAUGUAAGAGACACCCGCUGGAGUCAGAAAUAGGGCUGACGCUCCGGAGAGGGCCUCAGGAGGGGAGGGUUGGGGGGGGGAUUGACUAUCUGGUUUAUUUUCUUUUCUGUAAUUAGAUCGAUUAAGUAAUAUACAAUCUGUGGUGGAGACCAGAGAGUGGUCGGCCAUGGCGACUGGCGCGAGGCCACGAGUUUGACUGUGUGGCAUCGCCAGCAAAUACACAGGGUGGAAUACAUAUCUAACUGAGCAUGGAGAACGUUUUUUAGUUUCUUGUUUGGACCGAGCUUGCAUCUGCACAGGAAUCAAGCGAGCGGAUUGGAGCACACAGUAGAGAGACGUAUUCGCACAUUGUCCUGGACGGAGCUCCUACAGCAAAGUGGGUUGCUUCAGCUGCUGUUUGAAAAUGAUGUCCUCUGUCCUUCCAUGAAACCAAUGAAAAAAUGUAAAUAGCUGCAAAUGUAAAGAAGAAGAAGAAAUCAGGAGCUUUUUACGCUGCUUUGUUGCAGUCGCCUGAACGAGGCAAAAAGAAAGAGUCCAGGUUGCACAUGAGCCGUCGAUGAUGGUGCCUCCAUGUUUCUUUUUUUGGUGAGAAUCUGUUUCUUUCCCUCACGUUGCGGUUGUGUGUUCAGUGGGAGUAUGUGUGCGCGCCCCGGGCCGUGUCCCCUCCUCGUGUGUGUGCUCUGCAGCAGCACUGCAGUGGCGGCGAGGUGUUGGGAGCUGGAGGCAGAUAGUUAUUAAUGCAAUUACAGAUGAGCCGAUCACGUGCCCCGAAGGGACUCAAGGACAGUGCAGUCGGUGGAGUGGCUGCUCCCUGGAGGAUUUGUCACAUUUUAGCAGUGGAACACUGGUGUCGGAAAGUUAUCACAGCAUCUUUUUCACAUACAAAUCGUGGAGGUGCACAUGUGAUCAGUUUGUUUCCAAAGCUGACGCUGUACCUCGCUUUGCAGACUCGCUGUCGGCAUGUGGACCCGUUUCAAACUUGUUUUCUCUGCUUUGUGUUACUUCUGAGAAUCUUAACGUGUGCAUGUUCCCCUUGAAGUUUCUGCAGCUGUUUACUUUAAAAAAAAACACACUGGAGGGUUGCUCCACCAUCUGCCUCCAUCCGUUCAUGUGUCGAAAGAGGAAGCAGGGCCGUUUAAAUCCAGGAAAGACGUAUGCGAGGGAGGCGGCUGCUGUGUUUGUUGUUCGUCAGACCCCCCUGCAGGAAUGACAGGCAGCCCCCACCACCACCACCACCUUUAGAGCUCUAUUGCCCCCCCGAGCACCAUCCACCACCCACCUCUGCUCUUCCCCCCUCGCCGCGGCGCUCACCCGCUGCAGGCAGGGACCUUUGGAUUCCUGCUGUAACCCAGGAGCUUCCUCCUCUCCUUUCAGCCUUUUUUAGUUCAAGGUCAGAGUCACGGACCAGCCUUGGCCAGCCGGGGUGCUCAGCUAUAUGGGUCGGACUGUUUCCGUGAAACAGAGACACUGAGUGCAUAAACUAACUUUAUUUUAUGCUUUAACGGAUUAUAAAUGAUUGAAGAGGUGGGUUUCUAUUGGACAGGUGGAAAAACACGGCUCUUACAGUUCCCUGUAGUUCCCUGCUUGAAUAUUUCUGAACCAGUCCUGCUCCUCUCUCUGACUUUAAGAGCGCCACCUCUUUAAAAUGCAGCUCCACGACAUGCUCCCCCCUCCUCCCCUCCCCUCCCCUUUCCAAGUACUUGCAUUGGGAUAUUUCUGGGGAGGGGACAUCUGCAGAGUUAAUGCAGUGUGUGAGGAGCAGGCAGAGUCAUGCAGAGCCUCACCUCUGCUGAUGCAACUCCAGUCCUGCAGGGCCGCUCCCUGGCCAUCCUCAGGACGAGCCCCCUGCUGCUGCUGCUGCUGCUGCUGCUGCUGAGUACCGACCCCAACACCUCCCAUCACCUCCUGACACAGUAUCACCUGCUGCUCUACUGUUGUCUACGACGCACAGAUACACUCAUAACAGUAUUCGUCCCACUGAUAAAUCUCCUCCUCAUUUUUUUUCCAUUCGCGAGUGCCGAGACCACGAUGCUGAGAAAGUUGAACUGAAAAGACUUGUUGCUGUUGCAGACGAGGCUGCACGCAGAGGCACUGACGUACCUGCGAGGUGGGGAAGUAAACGGUGGCACUCGUUACCCACCUCACUGUCAACGUGUCCAACGUCUCUCGUAGCACCUUAUUCACGACAUCUUCAUUAUAAUCUCACGCGGAGAUUAAGUGAGUUUUCUGACACAUCUCAGAGCUGGAUCCUAAACGAGUGAUGGUUCGUGUCUAAAAAGAAAAAGCUUCACCUUUCAGCUUUGACCAAAAGGAAUCUUAUCCAGAUUGAUCUUUUCUUUCCAUCGCUUAAAUCAAAUUUAAAUUCAUUCAAGACGAGGAAUCUUUUUUUUUAAAAUAAUGUUUAAUGUCCUAUAAGCAUGUCUGGGCCCCGAGCUUGAUUAGGGCUGUGUGCUUCAUGUGUUUUAUUUUGUUUUUUUUAAUUCCUGCUCUGAAAGUAGUGAGCCUCCACUCUAUUCCUCUCAUCUCUGCUCUCAUAUACCUCACCUCCUGCCUUAGUUUUGGUUUGCUAAUGACUGUAAAUGAUGAAGAAACAACCUCCUGUCACUUGUUUCUGAAAACAGACAAUGCUAAGUAAGGAUAUUAAAGUUUUUUCCUUUUAUUUUUGUACGUAUGUGCUGUGCACAGCAGUCUACUGUAUUCCUGAGAUACCAAUAAAGGUUUGAUUUUUUAAACGGUU